UGGUAAAUCAUACUGCUCUCAGAGCUUUAUCUGUUUAUCAGGAAAACGAAAGUGUCUUCAGGGAAUGUCCUCUUGUAGAUGAUAUAUAUUUGGAAAAAGAAAAAUGGAGGACGGAAGCUUUUUGUGGGACGAAAAAGAACAAGGAAUUGUGCUUGGGGCUGAAUACUAUGGGUUUGUUACGACACAGUUGUUAGGUGGAAGACUGGCGGAGAUCAUUGGGGCGAAAUGGGUGAUAGGCAUGGGUGUGUUUGGAGCCUCUUUGUUAACUCUUCUGGAACCAUCUGCAGCUCAGUUGGGAAUCGGCCCUCUAGUGGCGGCUCGAGUCAUAGAAGGAAUGGGAAAGGGAGUUUUAGUUCCGGCUAAGUUUGCUCUCCUGGCUAGUUGGGUUCCUGUGCAUGAACGGUCAGUAUUAGUGGCCAUCACUGGACAAGGAGCUAUGUUUGGCUUAUUAAUUGCUGCGCCUCUAACUGGUGCCAUCUGCAAGAACCUAAGUUGGGAGUAUGCUUUUUAUAUUUACGGGAGUCUCGGUUGUCUGUGGUUCGUGUUUUGGAUGUGGUAUGUCCACAAUAGCCCUGAAGAACAUCCAUACAUGAGCGAAGAAGAACGAAGCUAUAUUUUAAAAUAUCGCCAAUCAGGAAAAAGAUCGAGUCAGAAGCGCCCCGUACCGUGGAAAAAGGUCAUUACAUCUCGUGCAGUGUGGAUCCUUACUUUUACGAAAUUUUUUGCAGCUUUUGGUUUUUACACAGUUCUAACUGAAAUUCCUUCCUAUUUCAAGACAGUUCUUCACUUUGACAUACAAAACAGUAGAUUAUGGACAGCAACCUUAUAUGUGGCCCAAAGUAUCACUAUGGCUAUCAGUGCGAUUUUGGCAGACUAUAUGAGAUCAAGAAAAUGUAUGAAUAUAACAGAUAUUCGAAAACUCCUUCAAUCAAUUGCUAUAUUGGGAUCGACAUUGUGUUUUGUAGCUAUUGCUCACGUGGGAUGUAACUACUACACCGCCAUCUUCGUGCUGAUCUUGGAAACCAGUUUUUACGGAUUUACAUCAGGUGGUGAUGGUCCUAUGGCGGCUGACAUAGCUCCAGAUUUUGCUGGUACAGUUGUAGGAGUCAUGCACACCAUCAUUGAAACUGCAGGUGUAUUGGCACCUCUCGCGGUAGGACUAUUGACACAACACAAUGCCAGUAUGCAGCAGUGGAGGAAGGUGUUCUACCUAGUUGGAGGGAUUAAUGUCGCUGGUACUUUGCUGUUUGUGUUGUUUUCUACUGCGGAACCCGAGCCAUGGGCUGUAGAAUAUAAAGAAUACCAGGAGUUGAAAAUCGUCCUCAGCAAGGAAGAUGGCAGUAGUGAAGAGGACUAAAUUCAACAACAAACACUUAAAUCUUCGAAAUUCUGAAAGUUUCUGUAGAAACACACACUUGGCUAUUUUGUUCAAUGCAAAGUAUAGUUAGUAUCAUGCUCUGUCUUAGACUGCAUUAACUGCAAAUCAUGUAAUCAUCAAUUAAGAUUGCAAAUAUUCUGUAAGAUUCUGGUAAAACUUUUCGUUAGGAAAUUUGCUAUUGCUUCAUGGUAUAGUUUAAUAGGGAAAGUUUGUCAUAUUCCUCCGUUUUAGUUUCAUGUCGGAUGAGUUAAGAGAGAGUAUAUUGGGAUUUUAGUAGCA